CGCCAAGGACGAGCCUGUCGCGAAGUUGUGAGUUCAAACCUCGGUCUUGAAUUGAAAGGAUUUUAGCGCUGGUAUAUUUGGUUGGUUCUAGUGUUGGAACGUGGCCGUUGUACCGUCGUUGUAACUGAAACGCUGUAGCGUCAAUCAACGCAUUAUCAGUAUCUUUGCCGAACGUAACGUCAACAUUCCCUGCCCGUGCCACGAUGACCGGCGAAGCGCCCGCCGCUGUUAUAGACGAGAUGGGGAACGUGUAUGAUGUUCUGUUGGGGAAGGACCCCGAGUCUAACCUGGGCUUCGGCAAGUACAAGGACAAGAAACAACUGUACUGCAGAAACAAGGGCUACCACGUCCAGAUCCUGCCUGAUGGGAGAAUAACAGGCACCAAGGAGAACAACGAUCCGUACGCAAUGCUAGAGAUCUUCUCCCCUGAGCCGGGAGUGGUGACUAUCCGGGGUGUGGAGGCAGACAGGUUCCUGGCGAUCAACGAAUCAGGCCGCCUGUACUCAACGGAUGUUCUGAACGACGAAUGUUACUUCCUUGAGACGCUGGAGGCGAACAGGUACAACACGUACAGAUCACAGAAGUACGCCCAGCAGAACUGGUACAUGGGCAUCACCAAGCGGGGCGAACCCAAGCUGGCCACCAGGACCAGGAGAGGACAGAAGGCAGUCCAGUUUCUGCCAAGAGAAAUUACGUCUUAAAUCUUCAUUAACUUCUUAAGUCUUCAUUAGGCCAUGUUGAUUUGAUUCUAUGGAUCACAUCCUCUGGGAACCCCCAAACUGACGCG